GUUGUUUUCAUCUUUUGGUUAAUUCAGAAGAUUAACCUGUGAGACUGUCUCUGCGGCCGAAGCGAGAAUCUCCGAUCAGCGAUGAAUGCCCCCGACCGAUACGAACGAUUCGUCGUCCCUGAAGGCACCAAAAAGGUUUCUUAUGAGAGGGACACGAAGAUCAUCAACGCUGCUUCCUUCACGAUUGAGAGGGAAGACCAUACCAUUGGCAACAUCGUCCGCAUGCAACUUCACCGCGACGAGAAUGUGUUGUUUGCUGGAUACCAACUGCCUCAUCCUCUCAAGUACAAGAUCAUAGUCAGGAUUCACACCACAAGCCAGUCUUCUCCUAUGCAAGCAUACAACCAGGCUAUCAAUGACCUUGACAAGGAGCUUGACUUUCUCAAGAGCCAAUUCGAGGCAGAGGUUGCCAAGUUCUCGAAUCCGUACUAACAACCAGGCGGCAUAAGGAGCUCAGAGUUCUCCAGUGGCACUUGGAGAAACGUGUCACCAUUUUCCUUAUCUAAGCACCAACCAGGAGACGCUGCUUGUUUUGCUUGUAUAAAUUAGAAACAAAUCUUCCUGUGAUUUGUUCUAUGUUUUGGAUAUUAUUUCCGGCCGCUAGUAUUUGGAUUACCUUCUCUCU